AUGCUUUUCAUCAAUCUUCCUAACGAGAUUCUCCUCGAAACUGCCAAAUAUCUUAUCCCAUCUUCAACAGGCUCCCUUUCUUCUCUUAGCAUCACCUGCCGCGAACUCCACUACCUAUUCGGCCCCCUUAUCACUGCUUAUUUCCACAAGCAUAAAAACACCAUCCUUCUCUGGGCUGCCAGUCGUGGCAUCACCCACCUCGUAGCCCGCCUCCUCGAAGCCGGAGCAAACGUCAACCACCGCCACCCACCCUUCUUGGACUGCCCCACUGUCCUCGAACUCGCUGUCGACAGCGGAUGCCUCGAAACCGUCGAGCUCCUCGUCUUGAACGGCGUCGACGUCACUCCGAAGCCUGGUGUCUGUUUUCACGGAGACUCUGUGGUUAGAAAAGCCGUUGAGCUCAAGCAUUACGAGAUGGUCAAACUGCUGUUGGAGCAUGGUGCCUCGCCCAAUGAGAAGUCUGAACUAGGCUGCAUGUGGGAUGGAAAUGAAGAGGAUUGGUGCCUCUGGGAUGAACCGACUCUGCAUACUGCAGUGAGGACCAGUAAUCCUGCUAUGGUGAGGCUUCUACUUAUGCAUGGAGCGGACCCUAUUGCGAAGGAUGAAGCUUGUAGGACCCCUCUUGAAGCGGCUUAUGACCUAAUCUGGGAGCGUCAAGUUAUGGGAGAGCCUGAUUCCGAUGAGUGGAACGAGGCAAUCAGGUCGUUGAUCGAGGCCGGGGGAGACGCUGAGCACGUGAUCGACCUUGAAAUUGGGGAUGCGGGGAGGCUUAUAUCAGAGGUCAAUGAUGACGAGGAGGAGGGCCUUGAAGAUGACGAUAAUGUUGAUGACGAAAAUUCUGAAAGGGGAGAGCCCGAAGGUCUGUAA